AUGCAGAGUCAAAAUUGGAACCGCCCUACGGCCGAACAGCAGCAAGAGCAGCAGCAGAACUUCAACCCACCUUUCUUCAACACCGACGGGCAAUUGAGCCAAGAGGCGAUGCAAAGCAUGUUCCAGGGCACCGCCUCAAAUGAGAUGGCUAACCAAGCCUUUGCCAGCUUUGAUCCGAACAAUUCCAACCAAAACUUUUCCCACCCGUCCCAGAUGAUGAUGUCACAACACUCUGGCAUGGGAGAUCCAUCACAGCGCUUCAUUCCCAACAUGAGUCAAAAUGGCAUCGACCCCGCCGCAUCCGCAGCCGCCUACGACCAUCUCGGCUUCAACGGGUCCGCCUCUGCACCAGGGUCGAGGCGUCAAUCGCAAAAGAUCAACGAUCCUUCGCAACUGGGUCAGCAGAACGACGGCAAUUGGAUGCCAGACUACAUGCAGCAAAAUGGCGUUGAUCCCAAUGUAGGCAUGUCGAUGCGCGAUCCCAAUAACGCUGACUACCGUGCCAACAUGAAUGGAUACGAGCCAGAUGGGCCCGGUUCCAAUAGCAGUGAGGACUCGGGUCAGGGCAAGCGCAGACGCAUGACUUUUGCCGGUGCACCCAUCAACCCAGCCCAGAUGCAAUCUGGACAAAAGCCCAUCUUGAUGCAUCACGACAGCAGCAGCGGCAUCAGCGAUCUUAACAGCAUGGGGUCCACUCUCAUGCAAGGUUUUGGACCAGAUGGACAGCCGUUGACUCGACCGCCCUUCCGCCAUCGCAGAUCUUGCAGCGGCUCCGAGUUGGCGGCUCCGCCCGGAUUAGGACAGCGUUCCAUCAGCAGCAUCAAGCUCGGCACCGGUGGUGUACAGGGUGCCUACGGAGGCGGUCUUGGCUAUCCGCGACCACCAUCCAUCUACCCAGCAGGUCAACAACACAGCCACUCGUUCGCCGGUUCCCAGGCUCUAUCGGCGCUCGGAGGACACGCUGCAAGCCAUCCUCCUGGUCUCGGCAGUCAGAUCCUCCGCGGCGUCGAUGUCAGUGCGAGCGGUUCUUCGGCGGCGACUGAUUUCACCAAGCGCAAGGGCUGGACAGGACGUGUCGUGGAAGAGUUGCUCGAUUUCGUCCAUGUGUUGGAUCCUGAAGGCACCGUCCUCUUUGCCAGCCCAAGUGUGCAAGGAUUGACAGGGUGGACGAGCGAAGAGCUGAAAGGACGCAAGCUUACAGAGUUCAUCCACCCUCAGGAUGUCGCCUCGUUCGAACGCGAGAUUGACCGGAUGCGUAGCAGCAAGGGCGAGCUCUUGACCUACUACCGCUUCAAGACCAAGCCCAAAUCGAUGCGUUCCUCCAACAAGAAGGGCGAAAAGUCUUCCUCGAACGACAACGACUCGUCCGCAGGGGACACUGCCGAGGAGAAGGAACGAAGCAACGAGCGUCGCAGUGAGAUGGAGCAUGGCGAUGCUUUCACGCGCGAUGGCGACUACAUUGUGUUUGAGGCGACAGGCCACCCUUACUUCCCGCCAGAGCCAGCACCUGCGACAGGCACCAAUGGGGCGGGCGAUGCAGCAUCUAAGGAAAAAAACGGCGAGCAAGCAGACGACGACGACAAUGCUGCUUCCAACGGAGCGGACGGCGAGCCGAAAAAGCGCAAGGUCAAGGCUGAGAACAUGGCGCCUAACCUUUCAACCUCGUCGAAAGCUGCGCAUCCGCUCAGCCAGGAACAACCGCUGCAAACAGCGACAAGUGACGCCACCACUUCUUCACGCUCGCAGCUGCAGUGCUUCUUCUGCUCGGCAAGACCGUACCCGAGCAAAAACACGAGCAUGCUUGACUCUUUCCUCGAACUCAAGCUUGAGAAUGAGAAAUUGCGUCUGCUCAUCGCCGAUAUGGACUUGACUGGCCCAGAUCACGACCAAGGUCGCUCCUUCGCCGCUGCCUACCAUCCGGAUUUGCUCAAGCAAGAGCUCGAGAACGACGCUAUGGCUGGAGGCUGGGUGAAUCCGGUCAACCCGAUGUUUGGCGCUGCUGCUAUCCGGCCCGACGGGCGCAUUCUGCAAGGACAGCAGGCUGGUCAACAGCCAGGUCAUGCUUCGCGGCAAAACUCGAUCGGGUCGCAUCCGACAAGUCCGCUCAUGCGCACCAACAACGCCCGGGACGACGUGUUGGCCGGUCUCGGCGUCUCUACAGGCGACGAGUCGGACGAGGAAGCCUCAGCAAGCCAGAACAACACCAGCGGGGCAGGUGCGGAUGGAGCAGCGAAUCCGGCGGAUGACGCACGACGCAAGAAGAAGCCCAAGCAGGACGAUGGCGAUCACGUCUGCACGGAUUGUGGACGUGUCGACUCGCCCGAAUGGCGUAAAGGUCCCUUGGGACCAAAGACGCUCUGCAACGCUUGUGGUCUGCGAUGGGCCAAGAAGAUCAAACGCAAGGGCGGUGAUCCCAACUUGGCAGCUGGUUCGAUGAUGGUUCAAGGUGGUGGCAUGACACCUGCAAGCGGUGUCGGUAUGAACGUGGGUAUGGGUGCGCACAUGAUGCCACCCGGUCACUCUAUGCCUCACGGUCACCCUCAUCCUUUCAACAGAGCGGACAGCGGUCAGCUUCAGGGUAUCCAGAUGGUGCCGCCUGGGAUGAACAUGCAGGGCAUGAUGGCAGGCUCGCCGAGCGGCUUUGCGAAUCGAGGCUCGCUUGACGGCAAUCCGCACCAGCAUCAAGGCAGCGGCAUGAACAGCAUGGGCGGAGGCAACAUGUGA